UUCAGAGACAUGGAUGGAGAGUUUGACACUCCUAAACAUUAAGAGUUCACUUUGCUUCCUUUUCUCCACAUACAAAAAAUAAUAAAGCAUUAAAAAACCUUCUGCCAUAAGUGGCCUGUAACUAGGUUUGUGUUAAUAUAAUGAGAGGAGAUGAGAGUGUGCCAGGAAAAAAUACUGAGAUGUGGUGUUCUUCAUUGUUCUUGUUUUUUCAUGACAAAAGAUUUUGAAUAGAGGAGCUUUCUUUUUUCUUUCUUUUUUUUUUUUUAAUUUGGUCGCUGAACUUUUUGUUUAAAUUCAAGAUAAGUGAAGCUUUCACCUUGCCUUUUUAUUAUUACAGAUAUGUGUGUACCUCGCAUCUGAAGAUGGAAUAAACUUUAAUGUUUGUUCAUUUUACUUAUUUACAAAUUACAGAGUUAUCAGAAUGGCAUAUUCCAGAAUCCUGUUGCUGAUCCAAUUUUUUGAGAUCUGGGCAAAUUCCUGGAAUUAGCUGGGAGCAAAAAGAGUACAUUUUCUAGACACUCCUUGUAUUUUAGUAAGUCCAACUUGUGUUUCCCUGAACUGGUUGUGCAGUUCUGUCAGCUGACUCAAUGGACUGACAACUGUACAGCAGUUCAUAGUACAGAAUUAUUUGGGUAUGGAAACAUGGAUUUGUGUGUGUGUGUUUUGAUUUUUGUUUUCGUUAGUACCAAAAAUUGAAGUGGAGGAAACACUGCAUAAUUAAACAGUAUGAUCAGUAUCUUAUAUUUUAAAGUAACAUGAUCAAAAGAAGAGCAUUUGAUUGGUUGUGGGGUUUUUUUUUUUUUUUUGUUAAACACACAAUACUAUUAAAGGGCAAGUUACUUGGGCAAUAUGGAGUAGCUUGUUAAGGAUAUGACCCUGUCAAAGAUUCUUACACUAGAAAAUAAAGCAAAAGGCCUGAUAAAAUGUAGAUUAGCUGGUAACAAAGGGGCUUUGUAUCUUUUGUAGGUCAGCAGCUGAGAGUGUUUGACACAGAACUGAAAUUUAAUGUCUCCUGUAGCAACCAUGACAGUAGUCAUUUUUAAAUCGACUGUAGCCGUGAUACUCUGGUACCAAAUAGCUUUCCAAAAUUCUUUAUAUAAUGUCUGAAAUCAUUUUCUCCUAUAGGGAAACUUAAGGAUCCUUGAAACUAGCAAAAAUCAUACUAAACAGGCAGAAUUCAGGAUCCUUCAAAUCUCAAACAAAUGUUUUGUUUAAAAAAAAUUAGAGUGGGGAGUCUGUUAAGUAGAAACAUUUGAAGUUGGAGCGAAUAAGGUUUCUUAAACUUUAUAGUUCAGAUUAGUGUCACACUGAAACCUUGUUACAUAUUUCUAGAAUACUCUGGGACAAUUUUUUUAUUAAGCAAGUUUGGGGGAGAAAAGGGAGGGUGUCUGCAUAUAUGAACAUGAAAUAUUUAGUCUGAUUGGACUACCAUGUGUAUUUAAAAGUUAAACAUCUAAUUUAAAGUGUUUUUUUGUCAAAGUAUGUGUUUUCACAUCCUUUUUCCUUUUUAAGCUUGCUUACAGAAUUUAAAUACCAGCAUGUCAAUUGCUAGUAUCUCAAAAGAUAUUAUUCGUAUUCAAAUGGAUAAAAGCCUAGUAUUUCCUGUGCGUAUAACGACGCAUAAGUGUAUUUUUAAAAGAUAUAUUAAAAAGUAGUGAAGUGGCAAAAUCAAACAUUAUGAAUUUAUGAAAUGUGAGAAUUGUUUUUCCCUCUAUGGUCUUAAUUUAGCUCCCUUGUAAGUAUGAAUUUUGGUGUAUUUAUUAUUUUCUUUAAUUAUGUUAGUGGGGGGGAAUCAUAGUGUGCAGUGCCUGGAAAGGAUGGUGCUUAGUGAACCUGUUUUGAUGUAUAUUUUUAUCUUUUAUAGUAAGCAUAUGGGGUCAUGCCUUAGGUAGUACACAGCAUUUAAACACUGCUUAGAAAGGAUAAUCAAUAAUUUUAUUGUGAAUUCUACAAUUUGCAGACACUAUUUAGAUUACAUUGGUAUUUUUAGCAGUUAGUAGUGGGUAUGUUUAGUAGUAUUUUUAUUCUAAAGGCCAGCAUAAUUCACACUUUCCUUAGACUGUAGCUAAAGUUAUCAGUUUCUGACAGUAUUGUUGAUAGUUUGAUUGGGGACACCUGUUUCCCCUCCUCCCCCCCCCCCCCCCCCCCCCCCCGGUACUUUGUGUAAUUACAUAUGAUGCUUGAACUUCAUGUCCCAAUUAUAAUUUCUGCUGACUUUGUUUGCAGUUGAGUCCUCAAAACUAUCUGGUUCUAUCUGUUUUAAACUGAGUGCUGGGUAUGUCUUAAAUUUGUCUCCUGUCUGUCUUUCUGGUGUGUCUUACUGAGAAGUACGCGCUGCUUGCUUUCUUUCCUUUCAGAGGAGUCAGAGUUCUCUAAGAAUCUAGCACAGGCAGAUGGAUGUAGCCAUGGAGCCCUGCAGUGCCUCCUGCAAAUCUGGAGAAAUCCCAAAAGUAAAAGAGGCUUUAUCCUUCUGCCAUCUCCUUGUCCCCAAAAGUCUAGCAACAGGCUAGCAGCUGGCAGCUGCAACAAUCAGCUGAGCUAUUGCUGGCAGUAUCCAGUGCUCACAUGAAAAGGAAGUUGGGAGGCCCUCUGCAGCGUGCGGGGUCUGGAUCAUUGUGUAUGAAGGAUCUGCCCUUAAUCUGCCACUGAGUGUCUAAUUUAUGAUGAUUUUUUAAUUGUUUGGGAAGGAUAUCUCUGUAUUCUAUCGAUACACCAAGAUGCUGCAUAUAAUCAAGAUCUUACCGGUGUUUCCUGCUGACGAUAUAACUCCUUUUCUGUGUAUGUAUGAGUGAUUAUUUAGUGCUGGGUACUCUGUUCUCUGAAGUUGUCCCUAGUAAAAAAGUUAAAAUUUGAAUGGGUGAUUACUCAGUAUCCAAGCGUGUAUUUGGCUGGAUCUCAUGUAUUUUAGAUGUGCGUACAAUCUUUUGUUUUAGUGUGUGUUAUAGAUUACCCGCUUCUAUGCAAAAGUAAAAAAGUUGACUGAAAGCAACUAAUUUUUUUUCCAUGUACCAGAAUAGGUCAGCUUAAAAACACCUUUGCUAGCCUGCAGCUGGAUGUCUUCAGUGUUAAGUCAGUAGCAGAUUGUGAACCUCUGCCCAUGAGCAAUGAUCAUAAUCCUUUGAGCUGUGUGGCCUAGCCAAAUUUUCUCCCACCUUAUAGCACGCUUAAGUAAACUAGUACACUAUGGACCAAACAUAAGGAUACUAUGAGAGUCUCCAUUUACGGCCAUGUUGAAGUCAAGACAAGUAUUCAUUGCUCCCCCUCAUUCACAAAACUACAUAGAAAGUAGUCAGGUUGAUCAGGCAUGAUUUGCCCUUGGUAAAUCCAUGCUACCUGUUCCCAGUCACCCCUUUUUUCAUAUGCUUGGAAAUGGCUUUCUGGAGGAUAUGCUCUGUAAACUCGGGGACUGUGGUUAGGCUGAACUAAUGGAAAAUCUUUGUAUCAGAUAACUCUUGUCUUUUAUGUUUUCUGGGAGUUGGGAAAGUUGGGAGUAAUUCUGUUUGUGUUCCUGAAAAAACAGGUGUGAUUUUUGGUUUUCUUAAACCUGUAAAUUGCAAUAUUUCACUGCUGGGUUCAGUGCCUGUUGCAGGCAUGCAUUUUGGGCAGCAAUUAAAAUUGACUGUAAUGUAAGCAACUAACUGCCCCCCCCCCCACCCCCCCGUGUGUGCUUUUUGACUCUUUAAGUCUGCUUAUGUCAAUGUAAACAUUCAGGAAUUUAUAUCUCUGAAAUGACAGUAUAAAUGCUAAUAGAGAAGAAUGUAUAUUUUAUGCAGUCCCUGGCUGACUUGCAUUUACUUGAUACACCAUUAGUAAUAUGUACUUCAUGAGCAUGUAAAUAGUGCACCUCUGCUUAUAACUGCUUUAACUGAAGGCAGCUUUCUUUUGUAUGAACUAAUAGCCAUUUUUUAUUGCUUACAAGUUUAUCUAUUUUUUAUUAGGGUAAAUAGUGUACUCAGUAAAUGCUACUGCUGUCCUGACUUAGUCUCAAAGUCCAUCUUCUAAUUAUGUGGGAUACAGAGGGCAUGUCGUGAACAAGACAAGUCUUACUGUAGCUGGACAGUUCAACUGCAGCUAAACAAUUCUUAAAGGCAUCAGAGGAGAGGGAUGAUCUCUGCACAAGAGAAAUUGAGCAAGAUGUUAAAACUUCAAUGAGAUGAAAACAGGUUCAUGUUGGGGAGAGGCCUAAAACGCAAGCUGAGUGACUAUGAGGAGAACGUGGCUGGUCUCUCUAGUGCCUUUGAUUCCAGUCGAAAUCUGCCAUAUCCACUUAAGAGGCAGUUGGUGCUUAAUAUGUGCCUCACCAAGUUACAGACUUACAAAAUGCUGGUGGAACCGAACUUGCAUCGUUCUGUCCUCAUAGCCAACACAGUACGGCAAAUUCAAGAGGAAAUGAGACAAGAGAGUAGUCAGCCAAUUAAUGUCUGCACUGGCAUUACUCCUAGUUCUCACAGCUACACAGGGAUGGAGUCAUCUGGAAUUUCUCUUCAGUUGCCUUCAGGUAUUAGUCAGCAAGAGUCUAACUGUUGUGACUUGCGGUCUGUAGAAGACCCAAUUGAAAACAGCCUGCUGAUAGUUUCAGAUGAUGAUAUGUCAUCUGCUAUUUCAUCUAUUCUGAAGGAUUUAGACUUUGUAGAAGACAUAAGCCCACCUACUUGUCUGGUUCCUACUGGAGAUGACCAGCCAAAGUUUCCAGAAAAUACCGGUCUAAAACUAGAAGAUGACAGGCAGGAUUUGAAGGGAGCUGAAUGCGUGUUUGGUUCCUUUGAGAUUUCAAAUUCAACCAGCUACUUGAAGGAUUUGGCAAUAGAUGACAUUUUCGAAGAUAUUGACACUUCAAUGUAUGAUUCAGACUUUUGUUGCCCUCCACUAAUGCCGCCCAGACCACCACCUGUUGCUACAGAAGAACCAUUGAAAACCUUUCCAUCUUGUAAUUCGUCUUCAGCAAGCAACAUUCAGAUAUGUAGAACAGAUCUGAGUGAAUUGGACCACAUCAUGGAAAUUCUCGUUGGAUCCUGAUGCUUGUUUUACCCAAAGAUACUUUCCUGACUGCCACUUUCAGUUGGUUUAAGGAUAAAAGCCACUGGAAAAGUUCUAAAGAAUUCCUUAAAACACAACCUAAAAAUAAUUUGUCUAUAGGGGAAUCUUCUAAAUAUUUCCAAAAUUUAUAAACCAAAAAGUGGCAGAUUUUUUUUUUUUUUUAAGAAAUAUUUAUUUAUCAGAACUGUGCAAUCAUCUUUUUCCUUCCAGGGUGUAUGUGGAACAAUAGGCACAUACCCGUAUCACCCCUCAUGCCUCUUUCAAUAAACUUUUUUAAUGUGCAAUUUUUAAUUUGUCAGAAGAACUUACAUGCAAAACAAAAUUCAUAUGAGAUGAUCUUUUACAAAGCCUCCACUUUAUUUUUAAUAUCAGAGUCUAUGCCAAGUUGGCAUACAUCAAGUUGCAUAGUUGGAUUUCAUGGAUCCAGCUGCAUUACUAGAGAUGGGUAUAUUUUAAAAAUGAGACACAUUUUGCUUUCUUUUGGUCAGAAAAGCAGAUCAAGACACUUGUCAACAAAGUCUCUUGCAUUUUCUAAAGCAUUCAGAACUAUUUAUUUUUGUAAAUUUUAUAGUCUUUCUACAUUUUACUAUGUUAUUUCAUCAUAGUUCAAAUAUAAUGGACUUCUAGUUGGAUGUGUUUAGCACUACCUCUGAGCUGAAAUGCUUUAACUCUUUCCAGUGCUUCGUCUAAGACUGCAAAUCUUUUUGUUUCUGUUUUUUUUUUUUCUUGGGAAAAAUACUUCUAACUCAUUAAGCUGAUUCUUUGACAGUGACCUAGCUGAUUUGUGAAAUCAAGGGUAUUCAAUGUUUAAAAACUAAGUAUUUACAAAUGUAAUUUAUAUGUAGGUUGUGCAAUUUAACAUUUUUCUGUCAGUAUUAUGUGCUUAGAUUUUGAGUAAUCUCGGCAUUCUUUAAAUUAAAACUUACUGUGUACAGGUAGCUUUUUAAUCUGUUUUGGAAAACACUGUCUUUCAACCCUGCUUUCACUACAAAGUUUAAGAUGAUUUUUAUGUGCAAUAUUAUUUAAAAAGAUACACACUUUUAUACCUGGCAUUAUAGAAAGAAACGCUUCGAACUUAAAACUUCUAGCACCUUUGGAGGAUACCUGAAGAGUCAGCAUUUCUGUAUCCUUUAAGAAACAAAGCUGAGAACACUCUUACGGCACCAGUGCUUACUGUUUUGAAUACUCCUGAAAUACUCAUUUAUAUGUGGUGAGUCAGUACUGAUGACUAAGUACCGUCAUGCAGCUGUAUUUGUGAGAGCUCAGGGGCCUGACCGCUCGGAUGUGGCGUUAGGACUGGGGCCUACGUGUGUUUUGGAAGCAUCGUGAUGGUUGCUGAUGAUUAUGCUGCAGAUAGUACUGAAGAACCAGGGGAGGAGGGGGGUUGUGUGUGUGUGCGGGUGUGUAUAUAAAUAUAUUAUAAGCGCACUCAUUAACUGAAGAUGACAUUUGCAGUGAGAACUAUUUUUCCAUAUGACAGUUGGGAUACUGUGUUUCAGCUUGACCUGAGGUCUGUGUUGACCCUUGCUUUUGUCUUCUAAACUAUACACUUGCACACUUCAGUUUUAAACUAUAAAACUUCUAUUUUGUUCUUGAAAGCUGCAGCACCUGUCUCAUGGAAAAACUUGUAAAAGCUUUGCUUUGUGGGUUUUUUUGUUUUUUUUCCUUUUUUGUUUGUUUUUUUUUGCUUUUGUUCUGCUGCAGCUUUUCAUGAAUGGGGCAUCUGCAGAGGAAGAAAAUGUUCCCCACGUGUUGCAUCUCAUAAGAGUUGGAAUCCUGGACCUACUGAAGGGGCCAGGAUGUCAUCUGCUAUUUCUAGUCUUACCGGAUGCUGUAGCACACUUAAUUAUUUUAUUACUUACUGUGACUGUUUUGGUUAACAGUUAGCUGCCAAUACAAUUUGGUAUCCCAAACCAGUGGAGAACCAGUUCAGGUUACAUCCUCACAGCCAUUUGGGUUGUUUAGCAACCGAAGGGUAUAAAUGUAUUUAUAUGCAUAUAAUGUAUUGAUUCUAAUAUAAAACUUCUGAUCUAAAGUAUUUUGAAUUGCUGGAUAAAGGGAUUUGUUUGAAGAGUGUAUAAAUAGUUCUUGAAGAGGUACAGCUUCAGAAUGUACACAGAUUGUGCAUUGUGUAUAGACUACUCUGGCUUUUCCUCAGCCUCUACUUUUGUAUUAAAGAUAUGCCUGAAUAAAUCCUUGAAAUAUUAAGGGCCUUCUGCACUGUGAUGAAGCAGAGUUUUGGCUAAAAACGUCUUUAAAUUCAGUGAUGGGGAAUGAAAUGACUGCAUCUAAUUUCUUUUUUACAAUUGAAAAUAUGGAAUGUUACUAUGCAGCAAAGAUCAUAUUUUGGUAUGAAACUUGUAUCAUGUAGCAAAUAGUGAACAUGUAACAAAUCCACUUACCUUGCAGCCCUACAGAAACAUAAGAUAGAAGAAAAUGUACUUUUCAGCAUUUACAUGCAAAAGGCAUUUUUGUACACUUCAGAAAUGGAUCAAAAUUGUUGGUAGACAUUUUAUCAACAAAUAAUUAAAAAUGCAGUUUUUGUUAAUGUGCUUGCUGCAAAUCUCUAUUUCUAAUUGGUUGCUUGCAUCACAGUGCCAAGACCAUAAACUGGUAUGUAAUGCAGUUUGGUUAUUUAUGGAAUUAUGUGCAAAGGGAAAUUUUAAAAUAUGCACAAACUAAUUUUGAACUCCUUCCAUGUAAAAUGAAGCUAGAGGCUAGUUGUGGUGGACCUAUUUAUUGUAUGUUUGGAAAUAAAAGCCACAGUUUUGCAGUUUAACCACUUA